AAGCACCGAGACCAGUAUGACAGAAAACUAUGUACAAUUAGCUACACAAGUUUGUUGUAGGGUAAAGUAUAGCGUAAGAAUAAUAUCGUACGACGAAAAUGCAAAAUAUUAAAAAAACUUUCCUCAGGUUUAAAGUCCAAUAUCGGGCCGUUGUUGUAAAUUGCGGGCCGAAUGUUUAUGUUCAAUGUUUGCUGGCAAGCCAAAGUCAAAUAAGAAAGAGAUAUAGAUAGCACCACAAAAUUUCAUUUACGAGCUAGCUAUAAAAAUAAUGGCUGUUCAAUAUGCUCCACAGCAAUUACCUGGUGGAAUGAUUGGCCUUCAUACCCUAGUUGGUAGACAGAUGCAGGAUGAGGCAAGCGUAAUAAACGAUCUUAUGAUUAACCGAUUUAAGAACCAAGUAAAUCGCAAGUAUUGUGGUCUUGCAUCAUUGUCUUUAUUGAUUAAUUCUAUAAAUAUUGCUUACCGCAUAAAACUUAUGACACUAACAGACAAGUCAGAACAAGAUAAGUUAUUUGAAAGGGUACAAGCUGGCGAAACUAUUAAUGUUGAUGAAAAUGAUAUUGCUCGUAUUAUGAAAUUAAAGAAAGAUAUAAUGGUACCGAAUAAUCUAGACAGCACUGGUUUAACUCUUCCCCAACUUUCUGAUGUUGCUUUGCAUCUUGGACUUGGAGGAAGCACAUAUUAUGCCUACAAAAAACAGUUGGAAAUUGAGGAAAGCAAAAGAAAAUUAUUCCUCCAAAACAUAGAUAAGGACAGCACAGUUUUUCUUUUUAAAUCCGAAGACGAAUUCCGAGAAUUCGCAAAAGAUUUUAUUGGUCGCAUUGUGACAGGCUUAAUUAUCAAUUACGACAUGAGUAAACUUGGAUACAAAGGUUUGACUGGUCAUUUCAGUCCUUUAGCUGCUUACCAUGAAAAAAAAGACAUGUUCUUAGUUAUGGAUGUGUGGCCAGACACUCCACCAGCUUGGGUUUCUACCAAAGAUCUGUUUAAUGCUAUGUCUACUAUUGAUAGUGAUUCUGGUUUGCCUAGAGGCCUACUUUAUUUACAUGAAUUAUUGUGAAAUAAUGUUAUUUUAAAAUAUAAAAUGCAUGAGAGAUUAUUACUUGAA